AUGGGCGAUUAUGUGGAUCGUGGAUACUAUAGUCUGGAGACAUUGACGUAUCUGUUUGCGUUGAUGUUGCGAUAUCCGAAUGAAGUGACACUGUUGAGAGGUAAUCACGAGUCGAGGAGAAUAUCUGCGGUUUAUGGCUUUUAUGAUGAGUGUCUUCAGAAGAUUCGCGUUGCUUACGAUAUCGUUGCCGAGAGCAAUUUUUCCUUACAAUCCCUCACCGCCGUCUUCUUGUACGUGCAUUACGGUUUAUCCUUUAAUGUGCUGGUACUGAGUCACGAUCUACGAGUUCCAGCAAUCGAAAUUCCAAGCAAAGGUGCUAUGUGUGAUUUGAUGUGGUCAGAUCCAGAACCAAGUGAACAAGGUUGGGAAUUGAGUCCGAGGGGUGCUGGAUGGUGUCCUCAUAGCUCUAAUAAUACUAGUACUGAUAUAAUGGAAAGGUUUGUAACAGUUGAUCUUUUGACUAAUUGGGUGCAUACACCGAACUAUUGCUAUCGUUGCGGGAAUGAGGCGGCAAUUCUUGAGAUUCAUUCCGAUACAGACCGACAGGUGAAGUAUUUCGAUGAGGCGCAAAUGAAUGAACGCGAAAAGCCGGACCGUAUUCUCGCACCAUACUUUCUAUGA